CGGAGACUCAGGCGCGCGCGCGCCACUCCGUCCUCUUCACAGUGGCCUCUAACCUCCCGAGCGAUGCCGCACGCGACCCCGCGCUCUUCUCUGACACCUCAACGACGAUGAUUAACGGGGUCCUCUGGUUCCUCGUGGCGUGGAGUUCAGUGUGCUUCCCCUGGGAUACCCAAGCUCUUGAACUGAACUACAACGAUGCCGUGGAGAGCAAAGCUGCAGUAUUGCUGGCUGUGGAACCAGAAGACCCCAAGUGCUUCACAGAGGACCUGAAACACCUCAUCUGCUUCUGGGAUGAAAGUUCUCCAUUCAGCACAGACAGCUUCUCCUUCUAUUAUAAAUACGAAAAUGAAGAUGCUUGUACAUGCAACCUGACUCUUCAUCGUCUUGCCGACAACAAGACGCGUUACCUCUGCUUCAUUUAUAAUGUUUUCUCCUUCACCCUGAUGGAUAUUGUGGUGAACAGAGGCAACGCAGAACAACGCAGAAGACAAAUUUACGUCGAUCAAGUUGUGCUUCUUGAUCCCCCGACCAACGUGACAGUUAUUCAGACAGGAAAAGCGGGGCAGCUCUACGUGAAGUGGCUUCAGAAAGCGGACUUUAUUCAUUCAGAUGUUUACCUUAAGUAUGAAGUCAGUUACGCUCCUUUGGGAUCUGACCAGCGAAAGACGGUGAUAGUCAAUGAGAAUAAGUACUAUGUCUUGAAUAACCUCAAGCCGUGGACACGUUAUGUGAUUCACAUCAGGUCCAAACUAGACUCGCAGUCCUUUAAUGGCUCCUGGAGUGCCUGGUCCAGAGAGGUCUCUUUAGAAACUCCAUCAGAUGUCGAUCCAUUAAUCCUGUCACUGAGUUUGAUUUUGUUGCUUAUCCUGCUGGUCCUGUUCAUCACCACUUUCCUGUCACAUCGAAGGUUUUUGUUGAAGAAAAUGUGGCCUCUGAUUCCCACUCCAGAAAACAAGUUUGCAGGGCUGUUCACCGUUUAUAAAGGCAACUUCCAGGAAUGGCUUGGGCACAGCAAUGCCUACCUGUGGUGGAGUCCAACGUUCCUCUACUUUGAAGAUGUGGCAGUAUCUUUGGAGGUUCUCUCUGAAAUCAAGCCCAUCCUACUGCCCACCAGCAAACCAGUACCAGCCAAACCCUCCAAAAAUGAACAGUAUUUCCUAAGCACUAAAGAGGAAGAAAAAGAGCAGGGGAGCCACAUAUUGUCCUUUACAGAAGGCCAAGUAGCUAUGAAUGAGUUAAAAGACCAUCAAGAGGACGCAAGGACAGCGCCUUGGCCGUUCAUUCAGUCCAAUGGAAUGUUUCUGCUCGAGAGUGGAGACCAAGCCCCACUGGAAUCCAAAGAUGUCUAUGUGACCCUAAACCAAAGCAUUCCCCUCGGCCACUCCUUUGUAAACAGUGCUAGCCAGCUGCAUAACCCCGGCAGCCAAGACGUUCUCGAGGAAGAACGUCCUCUCCAGACUCUCUUCUCUACGGCUUCUUGCGAGGGGUCAGAUAAAGACUCGGCAAUGCAGAACAGACACAGCCAUUCCGUGGACAGGGUAUCUUCAGGAUCGAGCUUUGACUAUGCCGUAUACGAUCCAAGUGGUGAUCGUCUGUACCCCAGAACCUGGCCUACAAAGAAUCCAGACUAUAAUUACAUGACAAUGGCAGAUUCUGGUAUAUCAGUUGACUACAGCCCCAUGGAUUUUUGCUCUACUGGUGUGAUUCGUGAGCCCAGCCACUGUGUGUAUUCCAACAUCUGAGAAUGUGCCGACGCAUAUAGACUAGAAAUGCCAGCUGUGAGACUGGCUAGGAAGGCAUUAAUGGGUCUCAGAAUUGUUAACAAGUCCUUGUGGAAUACGAAGCAGAAAUAGAGAUGGCAGUAAUUUUACGCACAUCCUCGUGCAAGCAUGGUGUGUCAAUCAUUUGGCAUCAUUUAUUUCCAGGUCUUCCUUGUCAAGACUGACUUAAACAUGGCAAAUGCAGCUGGCAUAUAUUUCUAACAGGCAAUGCCAAGGAAAGCAAGCUAAGAGAAAUCCUGCUGCAGUUCGGUCAUUUCAAGUGGGCCAGCUUGCAGUCACGAAUGUCAGAUGUUUCUUGCCAAAUGGCAAUUCUGAGCAAACCAAAUGACAGCAUUCAACUGUGCCAGUCACUCAGGCAGGCAGCUAACCGUCCUCGGCAGAAACCAAGAGGCACACAAUCACCGCUUCUGAAGUUGGGUGUGACGUCCAUGAACUCUGUCCAGACAGACCUGCCAACGCUUCGUAAAGAGGACCCUUCACCAUAAUGAGGGACGGCACUGGUGUGUAUUUUAUAAAUGAGGAGACCCGACAACACCAAGAUGCAUGGAAGGUUUGUACAAAAAAACGAAACUGCAGACUAUGCUAAAGUUCAAACAAACUACACAUGCAGCGGGAGGGAGGAAGAAAAGGAUUGUGUUCUACCAGGAGAUGACACUAAACUGAUUUUUGUUGCUGGCCCCGAGCUCAGAGAAUGUGAUGUGCACUCAGCUGGGCUUCCAAAUCAGAGGAGGACAAAAAAAAAAACUUCUGGUGGGUUCACAACAACCGUCUCAACUUCUAGUUCUGCUGAUGAACUCCGGGUCCUCGUAUGAACAGGCAGCUCUCGUGUUUUGUAUUUUUCAGCGGUUUGCAUCUUUUUACGUCAAUUCUUCACACUCUUGUACAUACUCGUUUUAAACUGAGUGUUAGUGGUUACUCUGUUAGAAGAUUAUUUCAAGGUCUAAUCCUACCUGAACUGUGAUUUUUAUAGAAGACAUUUUGUGUAAAGAACAGUAUGCCCCCUCUCGCUUGUGAACUUUAUUUUUUUGGUGCUCACAUUUCCAUUCGCUUUGUCAAGCUACAUAUAAAUUCAGCAUCCUCUAAAAGAAAUAGUUAUUACUGUAAUACCAUCUGCUUUAUACAUUAAUUAUUACAGCAGCAAUCGGUCAGACAUUAUUUCACCAGAGCCGAUUAUCACAAGCCACAUCAAUAACCACGAACUAAUAAAGAGGAAAUAAUCCACAUGUGUCGGCUUCACCAGGCACAGAGACGUUCAUCCAUUGAGGUUUACGCCACAGCUGGAACACGGAGGAGCACCCAGAUGUGACCAAACCCCCGCGCUCAGACACUUGUGGCAUGUUGGCUUAGGCACACAGCGCCCACCGUGAUGGAUACCACUGGCACCAGGUCAGCGUUUUUCUGUCGUUUCCUUGAGGCACCCCGAGUAGGCGUCUGUCUUAACACGAUUAAUUAGAUGUCACCCCCCCCCAUAUUUCCGCAAUUGGAACACGUUGGCCUUUUUUAUUUGAAAUGAAAACCCCGAUGAGUUUCUCCCCUUUAAAAACGUGUCACCUGCUAAAUUCGGGGCAGCAUUUGUAACCUAAAGAGCGGAGGUGGUCUCUACUGUGGAAUACUCCUUUACAGCAGGGGUGGGCAGAUUCAGUCCUGGAGGGCCGCAGUGGCUGCAGGUUUUUGCUCCAACCCAAUUGCUUAAUAAGAAGCCCUUACUGCUCAAGUAACACUUCAGCUUCACUUUAGUUGUCUCGCUCGUUAAGAUUUUGAACCCUUAUUGCUUAUUUUAGUCUUAAACAGCUGUAGUCUUUUGGUUUUUAAUUGCUCCUUAUUAGCAAAUAACAAAAGAAACCAGCAUUUCUCCAUUUAGCUUGUUACUAUUUACGCCAGUGUGUAUUUAUCAUGCACUGUUGGGUUUAAUUAAAUACUUGGAAGGAAAGUGAAGAGAAAAAACUGAAGCACUGAGAAUUACUCAUCUGCUUUAGACUUCAAAUCAUUUGGAUCGUAUCCUUAGAAAGGAAAAAAAAUCUUGGAUAUUAGAAUGACUUGACAUGGUUAAGCAAUAGCAAGCCAUGAAAUUAAAUAAUUGACGAUUGUUUUUUAAUUAAGCAACUGGGCUGGAACAAAAACCUGCAACCACUGCGGCCCUCCAGGACUGAAUCUGCUCACCCCUGCUUUACAGUCACCUUUGUGCUUUUUCUCUGAUUCUAACACACGCGUCAGGUUCAUGAGACACUUUAAAUUGGCUUGUCGUGCCAGUGUGCCUCGCCACCUCAGCCAGGAUUGGUUCCUGCCCUUUGCCGGGUGUCCCCCUGACCCUGUUGAUUUGGCAGACGCCUUCAUGCAGUUGGCUUUCAGUAUUUGUUAUAAUUAUUUGUAUGGAAUGUUAAGAGGAGAAGCAGAGGCAGGUUUAGUGCCUUGACUGGGGUCACACAGCCCCCUUGUGGUUUAGCCUCCACGCCACACCUCCUGCCUAGAAAACAGAUGGGUGGAUGGAUGAAGACGGGCAGUGUGAGCACAAACCAUUAAACACAGCGGUGGAGUGGUCAAGGCUUUGGACUUCACACCGCUGACACCGUGUGACCCUCAGCAAGUCACUUCACCUGCCUGUACUCCGGUUGGAAAACCAAAAAGAAAUGCGACCAGUCGUAUCAAUAAUGUUGUAAGUCGCCUCAGCCAAGUAAGUCAAUGGAGACACUUUAAGGAUGUCAGCGCGAGUGUUCAUUCACGGCCUGAGAUAAAAACGGAGGACUGAAACCAAAAGCUUUAGUGGCACAGUGGACAGGCAGUCUGUACUCAUGUGGCACCUGUAGAUGUAGAGUAUCCAUAAGCGGAAAAUAAAUUUGUUAUAGGUGUAUAUAUAUAUAUAUAUUUUUUUUUUUUACAAUGAUUUGUUUGUAUACAUCACUACUUUUUAUUUUUCUAAUAAAUCAAUCUUCUUUUCAUA